UCGGAAAAAUGUUCUUUCAGUCGGCCGUCAUUUAAUCCGUUGGGCAGACUGGCGGAUCGCUGUCAGUCGUGGCUUUAGUGGCUGCUAUAUCUGCGGCUUGUGUGGCACAGUAUGCCCUGUGAUCUCCCGGCCUCGAGUUGACACGCGCCGUUGAAACAAAGCAAAUCCUAGGCCAUUUGCCAAUGGCCACCUAGGAAAUAAUCGUCUUAAAGGUGUCAAUUAAUUGAACAUUUCUCGGCUCAUAACAAGGUGCUAAAAUUUCUUAAGCUGAAACGUGCCGAUCAGGCGAAACUCAAUUCAAACAUACACGGUGCGUGCUCUGAAUUUCCGAAAAGAUGCGAUUCAAUUUCUCCACCCACUCGGCGACCCCCACAACCGCGACAUCGUCGACUGCGAAGGCGAAUGGGAGUGAAAAGGCCGCCUCCCAGCCCUUGAAAAAAGUCAUAGAGGCAGAUCCCGAUUCGCUGGACAGCGUCAUCAGCAAUCCCCACUCCUAUCCCAUAACCAUAGUUCCGAAUCGCCCGACCAGCUUCUAUGGCAUCACCCCAAAUGGCAAGGCGUUUCAGCGCCAACCGAGCUGCAGAUCCCGCAACUUCCGGCCGGGUAGUAUGCGACGAGUCCGCCGAAGGGCUGUUUUCAAAAAUGGCGACUGCAAUGUGGUGCAAAAACACUUACAGAGGCGCCGCGUCCGCUUCCUGCAGGACAUGUACACCACCAUGGUGGACUGGCAAUGGCGUUGGACACUCCUGGCCUUUGCCCUCAGCUUUAUCCUUUCGUGGCUCUUCUUUGCGCUCAUCUGGUGGCUGAUUGUCUACACACACGGCGAUCUGGAGGAUCUGCAUAUGCCCGAUAACCAAGAGGAGUCUGGCUGGGCACCUUGUGUUUCGGCCAUCGAUGGUUUCACCUCCUGUUUCCUGUUCUCCAUUGAGACUCAGCACACCAUCGGCUAUGGUGUCCGCACAACGUCUCCCGAGUGCCCCGAAGCCAUUUUCAUGAUGUGCUUCCAGUCCAUUUACGGUGUAAUGUCUUCUGCCUUUAUGGCCGGAAUUGUGUUUGCCAAGAUGACGAGGGCUAAGCAACGGGCCCAGACGCUGCUGUUCUCCAAGCACGCAGUCAUUUGCCAACGGGAUGGAUGCCUGUCCCUGAUGUUCCGGGUGGGUGACAUGCGGAAGUCCCACAUCAUCGGGGCCGGGGUGAGGGCUCAACUGAUCCGGACGAAGAGCACCAAGGAGGGCGAGGUGAUGACGCAAUACUUCACGGAAUUGGAGAUAGGCACCGAUGACUCUGGAUCCGACUUGUUCUUUAUCUGGCCGAUGGUUAUUGAGCACAAGAUUGAUGAGAACUCGCCACUCUACAACCUCAAUGCCACCGAUAUGCUGCAGGAUAAGUUUGAAAUCGUUGUGAUCCUUGAGGGUACAGUGGAAUCUACGGGACAGAGCACCCAGGCCAGGUCUAGCUACAUCAACACUGAGAUCCUCUGGGGCCAUCGUUUCGAUCCAGUGGUGCUGUAUAACAAGGACCUCCAGGCCUACGAGAUCGACUAUGCCAGAUUCAACGAAACAACCCAGGUGGAUACCCCCCUGUGCAGUGCCCGAGAGCUUAAUGAGAUCUAUAAGAUCCAGGAGGGCUUCCGCACACCAGCUUCCCCCUCGAUUCAUUCGGGGCACUCCACCAGCUACAGUUCCGGCUAUCAGUCCCCUGGAAAACAGAACCGCCUCCGCUGGCAGCUCUCGGUGCCCUUGUAGUGCCCAACUUAGCCACUAUGAGUGCCCCUACGAAAAUAAGUUAAUAAAUGCUUUAGUUCGAGUCUUGAGUCUA